GUGUCCCCAGCCUUUCACUUCCCCUCGACGCGCUGCUCAGGGAUGACCUUCGGCACCGUGCUUCUUCUGAGUGUCCUGGCUUCUUUUCAUGGAUUCAACCUGGAUGUGGAGGAGCCCACCAUCUUCCAGGAGGAUGCAGGCGGCUUUGGGCAGAGCGUGGUGCAGUUUGGUGGAUCUCGACUUGUGGUGGCAGCACCCCUGGAGGUGGUGGCGGCCAACCAGACGGGACGGCUGUAUGACUGCACAGCUGCCACCGGCGUGUGCCAGUCCAUCCCGCUGCACAUCCACCCCGAGGCCGUGAACAUGUCCUUGGGCCUGACCCUAGCAGCCUCCACCAAUCGCUCCUGGCUUCUGGCCUGUGGCCCGACCCUGCACAGAGUCUGUGGGGAGAACUCAUACUCAAAGGGUUCCUGCCUCCUGCUGGGCUCGCACUGGGAGAUCAUCCAGACAGUCCCCGACGCCCUGCCAGAGUGUCCACAUCAAGAGAUGGACAUCGUCUUCCUGAUCGAUGGCUCUGGAAGCAUUAACCAAAAUGACUUUAACCAGAUGAAGGGCUUUGUCCAAGCUGUCAUGGACCAGUUUGCGGGCACUGACACCCUGUUCGCACUGAUGCAGUACUCAAACUUCCCGAAGAUCCACUUCACCUUCACCCAAUUCCGGACCAGCCGGAGCCAGCAGAGCCUGGUGGAUCCCAUCGUCCAACUGAAAGGCCAGACAUUCACAGCCACGGGCAUCCUGCAAGUGGUGACACAGCUAUUUCAUCAUAAGAACGGGGCCCGCAAAAGUGCCAAGAAGAUCCUCAUUGUCAUCACAGAUGGGCAGAAAUACAAAGACCCCCUGGAAUACAGAGAUGUCAUCCCCCAGGCAGAGAAGGCUGGCAUCAUUCGCUACGCUAUCGGGGUGGGACGCGCUUUCCAGAAACCCACCGCCAGGCAGGAGCUGAACACCAUCGGCUCAGCGCCUCCACAGGACCACGUGUUCAAGGUGGACAACUUUGCAGCCCUUAGCAGCAUCCAGAAGCAGCUGCAGGAGAAGAUCUAUGCAGUUGAGGGAACCCAGUCCAGGGCAAGCAGCUCCUUCCAGCAUGAGAUGUCCCAAGAAGGCUUCAGCGCAGCCCUCACAAUGGAUGGCCUCGUCCUGGGGGCUGUGGGGAGCUUUAGCUGGUCUGGAGGUGCCUUCCUGUAUUCCCCAAAUAUGAGCCCCAUCUUCAUCAACAUGUCUCAGGAGAAUGUGGACAUGAGGGACUCUUACCUCGGUGAGAAACGGCCAGGGACCCGAGGGGGCCAGGUGUCCGUGUGUCCCUUGCCCAGGGGGAGGGUGCAGUGGCAGUGUGAAGCUGUUCUCUGUGGGGAGCAGAGCCACCCCUGGGGCCGCUUUGGGGCAGCCCUGACAGUGUUGGGGGACGUGAAUGGGGACAAGCUGUCGGACGUGGCCAUUGGGGCCCCGGGAGAGCAGGAGAACCGGGGUGCUGUCUACCUGUUUCACGGAGCCUCAGAAUCCAGCAUCAGCCCCUCCCACAGCCAGCGGAUCGCCGGCUCCCAACUCUCCCCCAGGCUGCAGUAUUUUGGGCAGGCGCUGAGCGGGGGUCAGGACCUCACCCAGGACGGACUGAUGGACCUGGCCGUGGGGGCCCGGGGCCAGGUGCUCCUGCUCAGGAGUCUGCCAGUGCUGAAAGUGGGGGUGACCAUGAGAUUCAGCCCCGGAGAGGUGGCCAAGUCUGUGUACUGGUGCUGGGAAGAGGGGCCCAGUGCCCUGGAAGCUGGGGACGCCACCAUCUGUCUCACCAUCCAGAAAAGCUCACUGGACCAACUAGGUGACGUCCAAAGCUCUGUCAGGUUUGAUCUGGCACUGGACCCAGGCCGUCUGACUUCUCGUGCCAUUUUCGAUGAAACCAAGAACCCGACUUUGACUCGAAGAAAAACCCUGGGACUGGGGGUUCACUGUGAAAUCCUGAAGCUGCUUUUGAAAGAUUGUGUGGAGGACGUGGUGAGCCCCAUCAUUCUGCACCUCAACUUCUCGCUGGUGAGAGAGCCCAUCCCCUCCCCACAGAACCUGCGCCCUGUGCUGGCCAUGGGCUCACAAGACCUCUUCACUGCUUCUCUCCCCUUUGAGAAGAACUGUGGGCAAGAUGGCCUCUGUGAAGGGGACCUGGGUGUCACCCUCAGCUUCUCAGGCCUGAAGAUCCUGAUCGUGGGGAGCUCCCUGGAGCUCAAUGUGAUUGUGACUGUGUGGAAUGCGGGCGAGGAUUCCUACGGAACUGUGGUCAGCCUCUACUACCCAGCAGGGCUGUCCCACCGACGGGUGUUGGGAGCCCAGAAGCAGCCCCAUCAGCGUGCCCUGCGCCUGGCAUGUGAGACAGUGCCCACUGAGGACGAGGGCCUGAGGAGCAGCCGCUGCAGCGUCAACCACCCCAUCUUCCGUGAGGGCUCUAACGGCACCUUCAUAGUCACAUUCGAUGUCUCCUACAAGGCCACGCUGGGAGACAGGAUGCUUAUGAGGGCCAGUGCAAGCAGCGAGAACAAUAAGGCUUCAGGCAGCAAGGCCACCUUCCAGCUGGAGCUCCCGGUGAAGUACGCAGUCCACACUGUGAUCAGCAGACAGGAAGAAUCCACCAAGUACUUCAACUUUACAACCUCUGAUGAGAAGAAAAUGAAAGAGGCUGAGCAUCGAUACCGCGUGAAUAACCUCAGCCAGCGAGAUCUGUCCAUCAGCAUUACCUUCUGGGUUCCUGUCCUGCUGAACGGGGUGGCCGUGUGGGAUGUGGUCGUGGAGGCCCCAUCCCAGAGUCUCCCCUGUGUAUCAGAGAGAAAACCUCCCCAGCAUUCUGACUUCCUGACCCAGAUUUCAAGAAGUCCCGUGCUGGACUGCUCCAUUGCUGGCUGCCUGCGGUUCCGCUGUGACAUCCCCUCCUUCAGCGUCCAGGAGGAGCUGGAUUUCACCCUGAAGGGCAACCUCAGUUUUGGCUGGGUCCGCCAGACAUCGCAGAAGAAGGUGUCGGUCGUGAGUGUGGCUGAAAUUACGUUCGACACAUCCGUGUACUCCCAGCUUCCAGGACAGGAGGCAUUUAUGAGAGCUCAGAUGGAGAUGGUGCUAGAAGAAUACGAGGUCUACAACGCCAUUCCCAUCAUCAUGGGCAGCUCUGUGGGGGCUCUGCUACUGCUGGCGCUCAUCACAGCCGCACUGUACAAGCUUGGCUUCUUCAAACGCCACUACAAGGAAAUGCUGGAGGACAAGCUUGAAGAAACUGCCACAUUCAGCGGGGAAGAUUUCAGCUGUGGGGCCCCAAAUGUGCCUUUGUCCUAA